GGGAAGAUGAAGUGCACGGCUCCCCGCAGCACUCUGCGCAGAAUCAUCAAGAACGAGAAGCCCAGCUUACGCCUGGCGGCGAACACCGACCUGCUGGUGCAUCUGAGCUUCUUGCUGUUCCUCCAUCGUCUAGCAGAAGAAGCCAGGACAAAUGCAAUCCAGAACAGGAGCAAAAUGAUUAAACCUGACCACGCAAUAGCUGCAGCAAAGGUUAUUUUAAAGAAAAGCAGAGGCUAGAAAACAGACCACUGGAAUUUCAGAACACGUUUUCCCCCUGUUUCCAUACUCACAUGAGAUCCUGUGAGCCAGCUUUUGCGCUUGGGAAGUAUUUAGUUUCAUUGAUGUCUGUCUCCUGCCUGGUACUGUCUGCUGCUUAACAACCCUCAACUGAGAAUCUCACCCAGUGUAUUUUCAUGCACUUCAUGGCAUUGUUUAAAAAUGGAUGGAGGCUCCUGACAGUGGAGAAUUCCUGCUUCUGGAGAAAUGAAUGGCAAUGCUUUUUUUAUGCUGGAAAGGGGCAGAAGCCCUCGAACUUGUCUGGGGGCCGUUUGGUGAUAAGGGAGGGAUGAGUUUGCUGUUCAUUAAAAGCUUGGCUGCUGUGCUGACUGAAAGCUGACUCUUUACUAGUAAGCCAAAAGGGUCCUUAUUCUCUGAUAAUGAUGUUUAUGUUUGAUUAUGAGAAGCUGCUAAUAAAAACCAGGUUGGGUUUCUGUGAGAUCUGCUGUUUGUAUGAUCAUUUCUAGAGCACUGUGGUGAUUU